GAGAGAGAGAGAGAGAGAUGGAGGGGGGAGUAGAAGCAUGGAAUGCUGUGAUGUCAGCAACUCACACACACAUACACACUCACGCACACACUCAUACACACACACACAAAGACAAGGAGGACCCACAGGCUGUGUGUGUCUCUCAGCUUUAGUUAGCUCACCCUGCUGUGGAGCGGCUGUCUACAUCCCACUAUUGUCCCAAAGAUGGCCUCCCCAGUCCAAGUAAACUGAGUUUUAGCAAAGGGAACACAGGACAAGGAGGUCGUACACUAUGAGAACACAUAUGAGGAUGAAGAAUAAGAAAUGUUAACAUGAAGCCAUAAAUCACUGAACAUCCACCUCAAGAAGCUGCUGGCCCAACUUGACCCCCUGACCCCUUCACCCGCUGGCUCCACUAUAACCCCACCAAGAUGCUGCAGCAGAUCCUGAAGGACAAGGACAUGUACGURGACCCCGACGUGCUGGACGGCCUCAACGAUGACCAGAAGAAGACCCUGUUCCUGAAAAUGCGCGAGGAGCAGGUGCGGCGCUGGAAGGAGCGGGAGGAGAAGCUGGAGCGAGAAGUGGGGGACCCUGGCACCAAGCGAGCGCGACCCAAAAAAGCCAACAGCAAGAGUGUGAACUGGCAGCUCGGCCGAGACGGAGACGUGUUGGUCAUUGUGAUCGGGGAGGUGGACGAAUUCAAAUCCAAAUUCAUCUGCAUUGCUGAGGAGAGGAAGUCAUCAGUCCUGCAGAACAACUGCCAGAGCCGAAGGUGGCCGAGGAGACGCCAGCGCCCCAGCCCUCCAUCUGCUCGGGGCCUCCCAUGAGAACCGGCGCUGUCAGAGUGAGACCGGCGUCUGCGAACGCGACACUAGGCUGUGUCAACACGAGGCCUGACCUCGCAAAUCCGAGGCUGGAGACCGCCGUGCCAACCACCUCCUCCUCCAGCAUCGCCGUCACAUCAGAGCCUGCGUCAGCAUCACCCACCAAAGUUAGCCUGAGCUCCAAGGACCUCCAGAAGUCCCAAGAGUGCCAAGGAGGAAAAGGUUUUGAUYCAGUAGUAUGUCGUCAGCCAGGCUUGGAGGAGGCUGGGAUGUCYAGGAAUGCAUCAGAUUGUGCCGGGCGUGGCCGAGUGGCUCAGCUGAUGAAAAACUUUAGCGUCGACCCACCGACACAAGGCGCUUCUCGAGGAAUUAAGCCACCACUUCCCACCAAACCUAGUCACUUGCGUUUAACAACCAGGUAAUCCUUACAGAAUGAUGGACAGACACCCYCCCAGUCUCCAUGUGACCUUUCCUCUUGACUAUAUUGAACAAUGACAAACACCUURGUCGCCCCGGUCAGGGAAUUAAACGGAGCACUGAAAUCAUAAAGUUCAUGAAAUGUUUGAGCGGAAAGACUUUUUUACAUUUAUUUUUGGAUGCUGCAUUACUGUAAACUGUCUUUUUUGGGGGAAAUGAGCUCUAAAGUAAUUGAUUGUAUUAAAAUAUUUAGUGAGAGAAAAAAAAUCUACUUUUUAGCACAGUUUUUCUUAUUUACAAAGUCUGUGCGCAUAUCAGUACCUGCUGCAGGUUGUGAUUCGGCACCACUUUGCCAAAUGACUUUCCUUUGAAUAAUUUAUGCUUUAUCAUUGUUUUUAAUUAGGUUGUAAACACUUUAUAAAUUAUUGAACACUAAACAUUUUUAUGCAUUGGUGCAAGUUCUUUCUUUGGCAAGAGCUUUAAUUUUAUUUUUUCUGUAACCUGUCACAUCCUUUACUUGCUGUUGGGUCUACUUCAUUUUCUCUCGUCUUACUUGUUGACUAAAGCAAUAAGAUCAAAUCUUUGAAAAUGGGGGUUUUGUGGAAAUUUAUGAACAAUUAACAGUGAUGGGCACAAUUCCGCAAAUCCACUAAUAGAGGAACUAACUUCACUUUUUGCGGAAUAGCACUUUUGCUAACUUUGGACCGGUUAGCUUCRGCUAAAUUAGAUUGCACUAAAUUUAUUUCUACCAUAAAUUCCCAGGUGUUAAACUUCUUAAUGGUUCAUGCAAAAACUAUUACACACACUUUGAUAAAGUCAAUUUGUAUGUGAUUAUUUAAUUUUGUGGUUUAUAUACGAGCACAGAAAGCAGCAGCAAUUAAAUGUGUCCUUUUUGGUUCAGCCUGAGGCACAUCCUGCAGGAAUAUAACUGAAAUUUCUGCCUGAAAAACCAUUCAAUGAAAACUUGGUGACAGUAUAAGUGCUGAUAAAAUAUUGUUUUUGUGAACAGCGAUGACAUUUUUGAGAUUGAAGUUGUUUUAAAAUGAUAGUUUCCUUUGGCUCCGCUUGGACUUGUGAAUUUGAGCUUGUCAAUGCAGUCAGAAAAAACUGUUCCUCAAAGCUUAUAUUGUUCAAAGAAACUAUCUACAGCAGGUAAGAUAUUAUUUCUCCAUUAUGUUUCCACAGAARCCCGCUUUUAAAAAAUAACAGUUAAAAAUAAGCAAGAAGAGAAAAAAAACCCAGGUUCACUGCUUGGUAAAAUUUAAUUUGACCUUUUUCAUAUGAAGACCUAAUAAACAGUUUAUAAAAUAUUUGCAUCUUAAAGACAUAGGUGAUCGAUAGGUGGUAGUUUCAAUAAAAUUAGAACCAGUUUUAAUCAAAGGACAUUUGUAUUCACUCCUGCAGUCCCUCACAAACACAACUCCGUUAUUUCCCUCCUAAAUUCUGUUUUUCCUUGACCAAAACAAAGAGCAUGGAUAGGCAGAGAGGAGUGAAAUUUGGUGCAGAAGGGUCCUCCCUCAUCUCCCGCUCUCCUCCCAGGGAAUAGUGUCGGGUUGUUUAUUUGUCACAGCACAGCGGACGUCUCCCUUUGCCACCUGGCAGCAGUCUCGCUGCGACCUGUUGUGGACCAAUGACGGUGCCAAACGCACACUCAUCUGUCACUCCCAGUGGAUCAAACCCUGGCAAGUUAGACAGCCGCUGCCAAAUAAUCCAGAUCUGUGCUACUGUUGUUGUUGCUGUUCUUGUUUUAUUCUCAGUUCUGUUUUAUUGUUGCUUUUUGUUUUUUAUGGAGACAUAUUUUGUAACGGGAUGUUAGUCUUUGAACAAAGCUCUUUUAAUAGGCACGCAAUGUAAAAAUUAAAGUGGAUUUUUUUUGGAAUAAUUUUGCUGUUUGUUUCUGUUCUGCAUUUUACUUAUGUGGCCCCAUUUUACAAGAAAAAAAAAUACUUUUUAACUGUUUAAGAUUUAUUGUCAAGAAGCAUUGUUACAACAAAAAUAGUCAACCAAUCCAAGUUUUCUUACUUUUUCUGUGACGUUUACAUCAGCUUGCCCAAUCAGGGUCUUUUCAUUUGCCAAUUCUUAGACAUUUCUGGUUUAAUUUUCACUGAAUGUUUUCCAAACCUGUGAAAUAAAUCACUUUUUUUGCCUGGGACCAAAAUUAAAACAUUUUGACAUU